AUGCAGGGGGAGGCUGUGGAGGCAGUAAACCAAGGAACAGGGUAUGUGCGCAGCUGCAUCAUGCUGGGACGGAUGCCCAACCUGAUGCUAAUGGCGAAAGACAGCUUGUAUUCCCAGCUGCCCAUAGACAACUUCACCAUGCCGUCAUAUGCCAGGCGGAUAUCCACAGCCACGCCCUACAUGAACGGGGAAACAGCCACCAAGUCUCUUUGGACCAUCAACGGAACGCUGAGGAUCAGAAUACUGUGCGCCACCUAUGUGAACGUCAACAUCAGAGACAUUGACAAGAUCUACGUCAGGACCGGGAUAUACCACGGUGGAGAGCAGUUGUGUGACAACGUCAACUCCCAACGCGUUCCCUGCUCCAACCCCAGGUGGAACGAGUGGCUGAACUACGAAAUGUACAUUCCAGACAUCCCCUGCGCUGCCCGGCUCUGCCUCUCCAUCUGCUCUGUGAAAGGAAGGAAGGGAGCUAAAGAGGAGCACUGUCCUCUCGCCUGGGGCAACAUCAACCUGUUUGACUACACCCACACACUGGUAGCAGGGAAGAUGGCGCUCAACCUGUGGCCUGUCCCCCACGGCAUGGAGGACCUGCUCAACCCCAUCGGAGUCACAGGCUCCAACCCCAACAAGGAAACCCCUUGUCUGGAGCUGGAGUUUGACCACUUCAGCUGCCCUGUCAAAUAUCCUGAUAUGACCAUCAUCGAGGACCAUGCUAACUGGAACAUUUCCAGAGAGCUGGGCUUCAAUUACUGCCACACCGGUUUGAGUAACAGACUGGCCCGUGACAACCCCCUGACGGACACCGACAACGAGCAGCUACGCCAAGUGUGUAACAGAGACCCGCUGUCUGAGAUCACUGAGCAGGAGAAGGACUUCCUGUGGAGGCACAGACAAGACUGCGUCAACAUGCCGGAGAUCCUUCCCAAGAUCCUCCUGGCUGUGAAAUGGAACUCCAGAGAUGAGAUUGCACAGAUGUACUGCCUCCUGAAGGACUGGCCCACCAUCAAGCCAGAGCAGGCCAUGGAGCUGCUGGAUUGCAACUUCCCUGAUCCUAUGGUCCGAGACUUUGCCGUAAAGUGCCUUGACAAAUAUCUAACUGAUGACAAACUCUCACAGUACCUCAUUCAACUUGUUCAGGUUCUAAAGUAUGAGCAGUACCUUGACAACCCUCUUGCACGCUUCCUGCUGAAAAAGGCAUUAACCAAUCAGAGGAUAGGACAUUUCUUCUUCUGGCAUUUGAAGUCGGAGAUGCACAACAAGACGGUGAGUCAGCGCUUCGGCCUGCUGCUGGAGUCGUACUGCCGGGCCUGUGGCAUGUAUCUGAAGCACCUGAGCAGACAGGUGGAGGCCAUGGAGAAACUCAUCAAUCUCACUGACCUCCUCAAACAGGAGAAAAAAGACGAGGCGCAGAAGGUAACCCGACAGCUGCUAAUCCUGAUCCACUGAAUCCUUCACUUUAAUCUUUUUCAACAUCCAAACCAAUCAGGCCAAAAUACAGCAGAAAGAUACAGACAGCUUCUAUUUUCAGAAUGCAGGAUGAUGUCAUCUGCCAAGCGGCCUCUGUGGCUCAACUGGGAAAACCCGGAUAUGAUGUCAGAGCUGCUCUUUCAGAACAACGAAAUCAUCUUCAAAAAUGGAGAUGAUCUGAGGCAGGACAUGCUGACGCUGCAGAUCAUUAGGAUAAUGGAGAACAUCUGGCAGAACCAAGGCCUUGAUCUCAGGAUGCUCCCGUACGGCUGCCUGUCAAUCGGAGACUGCGUGGGCUUGAUCGAGGUGGUGAGGAACUCUCACACCAUCAUGCAGAUCCAGUGCAAAGGAGGCCUGAAGGGGGCGCUGCAGUUCAACAGCCACACGCUGCAUCAGUGGCUCAAGGAUAAGAACAAGGGGGAGAUGUAUGACCAGGCCAUAGAUCUGUUCACGCGCUCGUGUGCGGGCUACUGUGUAGCCACAUUCAUCCUGGGCAUCGGGGACAGACACAACAGCAACAUUAUGGUCAAAGAUGAUGGACAGCUGUUCCACAUAGACUUCGGCCAUUUCCUCGACCACAAAAAGAAGAAGUUUGGCUACAAGAGGGAACGCGUGCCCUUCGUGCUCACACAGGACUUCCUGAUCGUCAUUAGCAAAGGAACUCAAGAGUGCACCAAAACAAGGGAGUUUGAAAGGUUCCAGGAGAUGUGUUACAAGGCAUACCUGGCGAUCCGGCAGCAUGCCAACCUCUUCAUCAACCUGUUCUCCAUGAUGCUGGGCUCCGGGAUGCCCGAGCUGCAGUCCUUCGACGACAUCGCCUACAUCAGGAAGACCCUGGCUCUGGACAAGACGGAGCAGGAGGCCCUGGACUACUUCAUGAAGCAAAUGAACGACGCUCACCACGGAGGCUGGACCACCAAGAUGGACUGGAUCUUCCACACCAUCCGCCAGCACGCCAUGAACUAGAGCAACGAGAGGACUGUGGCAACAUCCGCACACUAAGAACCAAAAGAACAGAAGAGCCAGGUGAUCUUCUGCCAGCGUGUGACUCGUGAAAUAAGGGUGCUCAGAAGGGACAGUUUCAGGGACACAAUGCGUAGACGCUCCUGUUUCUACAGGUGUAUGAGCUUCAGAAGGAAGGGUGGAGUUAUAUUUCAUCAGUCGUCUUCAUAGGAACUAAGCAAGUGUAAUGGACCUCGACAACGUUGGCCUUCUCCAUCGUGUGAACAAACUACGGGCAACAUUUUAUUUUGUAUUUGAUUUGUAUUCCCUUUCGGUACAUCUGCAACCAUCAGCAUUAAGGAAGGAGCAUCAUGAAGCGGUGUACCUUGAGCACAGCCAGCUUUUUCUAAGAUUUCCACUACCUAUUUUGGGGAUAUCACUCACACAGACUGAAAGGGGAAGAUAAUAAAAAAACAAUCAUCAACACUACGGCAGGACUGACGGAGGACGCGUUGUUAAGCUAGCAUAUAACGCUUCUGGUACUCAGAUACCAUGAUUAUUUUUACCCUACAGUUUAGAAUUUACGCUACAUAACAGACUUUUGUACAGCAGUAUAUCCUUAGAGUUGUAUGCAUUCAGUGCACAUAUUCCUUUUUUUUUCUACUGAGCCAAAGUACUACAUGUGUAACCCCCCACUACUCGGCAGUCUUAUUGUGUGAAAAAAAAAUUCCAAGCCUCGUGUGUACUCAUAGCACUGAUCUCCUCAGUAUUUGUUUUUGUCUAACAGUAUUAUAUUCUGUGUCAGCUGUCGGGGCGCGACUGUCCGUCAACACCCCCCCCCCCCCCCCAUACAGACGGGGCGUCGACAGACCCUGGGAAGGAUGGUCAACAUGUUGUGAGUUGUUGUGGAGCUGAGGAAAGGCGAGAGACGCAGAGGGAGAUGUGCUGCGCUGUGACACUAUGCAAGUUGUGAUAUAUGUACUGCAGAAAGGAUAAGUUGAAAUGCCUUUACCCCGACAUGCAUACACAGACAAGUGGACUUUGCACAUGGAAGAGGGAAAAAAUGCUGCACUGUAACAGAAUCGGCUGCUUCUUCCCGAGAAAAAAGAACUGAAAAACCGCCUUCGGACCCCGCCUUCUCCGCUUCUCCUCACCGGGGUUUUAUUCUGAUCUUCAAUUUUAAAGCCAUCUGUAAAAACGUUAGUUUUCUCCUGUCCUACUUGUCCUCGAUCACACACAAAUAAUUCACAACUGAUCAUUUAAAGGAGAACUUCACCCCCAAAAUGUGUUGAUCAGUAACUCACCAUGUGUUAACUUGGAUUCUGGGAAAUGUAGUUUUUCACGCAUGCCUCCGCAGGUCUUAAAGAACUAUUUUAAAAUAUCCUUUCCUAAACUCUCACCCUCUUGCACUUAAACCCAAGUCUAAUAUGUCUAGUUAUUAUGCUAAUUUCUUCUGCAUUUUCACUAACACCUUACAUUUUGAUAACAAGGUUCUUCAGGUCCUUAAGAAAAUUGUGAAUUUGAAGACGACAAAGCAAGGCCUUGGACGUUUUUGAAAAUAUACAUAAGGAAAUUCAAGUUCUAUUGUUAUUUGUGAGCUUCCGUAGAAUUUGCUAGAUCUCAUUGUUUACAUUCUACGAUUUUGUCUCAAUCGAUGUGUCGGGCCCUGGAAUUUGAGGGAAUAUGGCCUGGAAGUCCUUGAAUGUUAAGGGGUAAGUAGGUGAGAGAUAUACACUUCCGGAUAAACAGUGUCAGGCAACUAAUGCGUUUGAGUGCAAAGUGUGUUGAAUAGAUUUACAAAAAAAGACUUGUGUUUGGGAAGUAGUGAGCAGAUGUCUUGAUAUAGUAAGAUUGAACCUAUUUACUUCUAUUCAUCAGGCUUUUUUAAAUUCUUCGUUGACUGUCGAGGCAUGUGAGAAACACUUUUUUUCAAGGUGACACGGGGUCAGUAACUGAUACAGAAAUUAUGGUUUUGAUGGUAAAGUAUUCCUUUAAGACAGCCUGUUUCCUCACAUUUGCCACAUCGUGACAUCCAGGUAGAGAAAGUAACCGGAGUGAAUUAUUUUUGAACCAAGUGUCUUCUUCCCUCCACUCUCCUAUGAUUGUCCCGCUUAUGUAUGGACGGUUGCAGGUUUUGCAUACGUAAGAGGUCAGUUCAUGUUCCAGCUUUACCAAAUGAUACCCAAUGGGCGGUUUCCUGGACACUGGAGUCUGUCUGAAAGUCAAUUUUUUUUCUGUACGUGGGAACAGACUGAAACUGCUCAGAAAGCCGCCCCUGCUGAGAUGCUCCUGUACCGGCUACAGAGCAGUGGGCCGGACCCAGACAAAAAAAACAAAAGACCCCAUAUACUUUAUGGAAGAACUCUCUGAAAAAUGCUAUUUCCCUUUGUACAGUUCUGUUUCUCACACUGCAUUAUGCAUGAGGUCCUCGAAUAUCUACUUUUAUUUGUUGUUUUUUUCUGUUGGUUGACCUGAUGUUGUUUACUUGAAUUUCAUGUAUAGAAAUGACCUUGUUACUUGUGUGAGGUACAACAAAGUCACCAUGAAGAUAACCGAAAUAAUGCUACAUCAUGUGCUUUCCUUGAAUAACUACAGAGGUAAUAUAUUUUUGUAUUUUUAAAAUGUACGCAAACUCGUAUAUAUGUAACUGCUAACCAAAAGAAAAAGGAAAAAAAAGAGGAGGCGGAGGAAUCAUGAAUUAAUGUGCAACAUCCUCAUCCAGAAGCUAGUAUAAUGAAUGAGAGGAGAGUUGCCGAAUGAAGGACGUCGGAGUAUGCUCCUCACAUCAAGUGGAGGUCUGUAAGCACAAUACAGAGGAAGACCCUACCCUGCAUGUUUUAAAAAAGAUCCAAUCAUGUGUUAGUUAUAUAUCCAUCUGUAUAUAGAUCAUUAAACCUUUUCAAAUAUUCGUUUUACUCAUCCGCAUAUGUCUGAUAAGAAACUGUAUGCAUUCAUUUAUUGUACUAUUGAAUAAAAACAUUUCUCCCUAUUGAAA